UAGAACUUCAUUUCAACGACACUAUUCGAAGUUGAAUAUUGAAGAUUUCAACGACAUUAUUCGAAUAUUUGAAAUUGGAACUGCUUCUAACAAAGGCUAUUACCUAAUUGGUGGGGAUUAUUUUGCUGCGGCUGCGGCUGCGCCAUGA